GCCACCGUGUAGGCGAUGAAUGCAUUACCAAUACUAAGCCUGUUGCUGCAGUUGCUCGCUGUUGGUGUUCGGUGCUGGAGCUUUGGCGCCAUCAGCUCCCUGUCGGAGCAGAGCGCACCGCAGCCUAGCGAUGCGGCCAAUACGGAUAAUCACACGCUGCUCACGCGACAGCUGAUUGUGGGAACACUGGUGCCGCCACAGGUGCCGCCCGCUGGCUGGCCCUCUGUGCCCUCCAUUGUGGCGCCUGGCAGCAGUAAUUGCCGUUGCGUGCCGUCGGGCUCCUGCCCCAAUCCGCUGCCCUCGCUGCCAAACGAUGGCAGCGGUCAACUGGACAUACGCAUAGUGAACAAUGGCGGACUGGCCACGAGUCCCACGUCAUCGACGCCUCUCUCCUGCAGCUAUGGACUUGUAGCAUGCUGCCAGGCUGGCAGCUAUCUGUGCGGACUGCGAUUUCCGCCGCCGGCGGGCUCGGCACUGGCUGGACCGGGCCAGGCCAGCUUCGGUGCAUAUCCUUGGCAGGCAGCGCUUCUGACCACGGCGGAUGUGUAUCUGGGCGGCGGAGCACUUAUCACAGCACAGCAUGUCUUGACUGCUGCCCACAAGGUCUACAAUUUGGCUUUGACAUCCUUUAAGGUGCGCUUGGGCGAAUGGGAUGCGGCCAGUAUUAGCGAGCCAAUACCUGCGCAAGAUGUGUUCGUCUCCAAUGUGUACGUGAAUCCCGCCUUCAAUCCCAACAAUCUACAAAACGAUGUGGCCAUAUUGAAGCUAGCCACGCCCGUCUCCCUCACGAGUCGCUCCACAAUUGGCACCGUUUGUCUGCCCGCAACCAACUUCGUGGGCCAGCGCUGCUGGGUGGCUGGCUGGGGCAAGAAUGACUUUGGGCCCACGGGCGCCUACCAGGCCAUUAUGCGUCAAGUGGAUGUGCCUCUGAUUCCCAAUGCCAACUGCCAAACGGCGCUGCAAGCCACACGCCUGGGCGCCUCCUUUGUGCUAAGCCCCACGAGCUUCAUUUGCGCCGGCGGCGAGGCUGGCAAGGAUGCAUGCACUGGGGAUGGCGGCUCGCCGCUCGUCUGCACCAGCAAUGGCGUCUGGUAUGUGGUUGGGCUCGUGGCCUGGGGCAUUGGCUGCGGCCAGGCAAAUGUGCCCGGCGUCUACGUCAAUGUGGGCACCUAUUUGCCCUGGAUCCAGACGACACUCACGCUCUAAACAAUUGAGGCUACGGGGCGGCGGAAAUAAUUCCUACAUAUUGGACAAAAUGUCCAAACAGCCAACUAGCACUUGGCUGAUUAGCAGUAAGAACAGUUUAUUAGAAAUUAAAUACUUUAUUUAUCUACAAAACUA